AGUCUCCUCCUAUCCACCUCUAGCCUCGCGCGACCUGCCCACGCUCGCCGGCCAUGCCGCCGCCACUCUCCUUCCUCCACCCACCUCCCAACCCGCCAGUCCUCCAUCCCUCCCCCUUCAACCACCGCGCCCCCCACCGCAUCUCCCUCCGCGCCGAUCCCCCACUCCGAGCGGCAGCGGCCGAGAACCCGUACUCGGCGGCGCCCACCGCGGCGGACGUCGAGAUGUUCCGCGGCGGGGACGGCGUGUGGACGGCGCGGAGCCCGACGGUGGUGGUGCUGUGGGACCUCGACAACAAGCCCCCGCGCGGGCCGCCCUUCGAGGCGGCCACCUCCCUCCGCGAGGCGGCCUCCCUCCUCGGCCGCGUCGACUCCGUCUCCGCCUUCGCCAACCGCCACGCCUUCACCCACCUCCCCGCCUGGGUCUCCGCCGACCGCCGCGAGCGCCGCGCCCUCGACCGCGCCGAGCGCACGGGCGCCGCCGCCCCGCCCGUCCCCUACUCCUGCGCCGUCUGCGGCCGCCGCUUCCCCACCCGCCCCGACCUCGCCCGCCACUUCCGCCAGCUCCACGAGCGCGAGCGCAACAAGAAGCUCGGCCGCCUCCGCUCCCUCAAGGGCAAGAAGCGCCAGAAGUUCCGCGAGCGCUACAUCUCCAACAACACCAAGUACCAGGAUGCCGCGCGAGAGCUCCUCACCCCAAAGGUCGGCUACGGUCUCGAUUCCGAGCUCCGGCGCGCCGGCGUCCAUGUCCGCACCGUCCCGGACAAGCCGCAGGCUGCGGACCAAGCGCUCAAACGCCAGGUGAAGCACGCCAUCGCCUGCGGCGUCGACUGGGUCGUGCUCGUCUCCGAUGACUCCGACUUCACCGACACGGUGCGUAACGCACGCGCUGCCGCCCUGAGGAUGGUCGUGGUUGGGGAUGGGUGCCGCGCGCUCGGGAAGGUUGCUGAUAUUUGGCUGCCUUGGGACAGCGUGCAAAACGGGGAGGUUGAUGAGGAGAUGAUGCGGAGUGGGAAGGUUCCAGAGUUUAGAUACGAAGAGCACGAUGAGCAAGAUGAUGAUGAUGAGUUCAUAGUGGAUUGGGAUACGAAUGAAUUGGAUGAUGUUGUUGAUGACAUUGUUACAAGCAGGACCAAAGUGUUUGGUGCUACAAAAAUGUCUGCAUUUGCCGAAGAGGACAUUGUUGAUGGUAUAUUGGGGCUUCGACAUAAGGAGGAUGACAUGCUUUGGAGUAGCGACGACGAGGAUGAGGAUGGUUAUCUGUGAUAUUUACACGGAUUGGCAGACUCAUGUUAUCUGCGUUGUUAAUAUACAGUGAUUGCACUGGUUCAUCACAACACCUUUCUGAAUGUUAGGACCAACAAUUCAGUCCCACUGCCCAAUUUUGCCAACUUGGUGACACCUCAAUUCUCAGACUUGCUAGGCAGCAGGUUCUGUGAGGCGCCAGGAGGGAAGUCUCCCUACCGCAGUGAUCAAUUGAUCAACAAGACAAUAUCACUGGCAUGUGUCCUUGGGUUCAUGUUAUUUCUACAUCACAAUCUGCCUCCUGAACUAACUUCACCCCAAGCUUGAUUGCUUUCCUCAGUGCUGUGCUGCAUGCAACUAGUCAGUAAUUUCAGUAUCUGUCGUUUACUCGUUCAGCUGUUGCCACUUCAAUUUUUCCUGUUUUGUCUUCAAUGAUCAUUCAUUCACCUUUAUAAAGAGAGCAUCAUCACCCAACCUUCUUCAGUUGGUAUCCAUUUGUCUGGCAAGUAAACAGUACCUGUAACUUAACCCCUCGCUAAUCUACUAAUUUGAAAUAUCAUAGUUCCUUUUUGCCACUUCCAUCUUGUCACCUCCAUAAGCAACACUGUCUGUUCACCAUAUUCAUAAAAACCCUCCUCGAUGUUCAUCAUGUCAGCAUUUUUCAGUCUCUAAAAGUCUCUCUCUGCAGUUGUUCUCGAACCAAUGUCAUCUGCUAAGCCAUCUACUACUUUUCCGCAAUUGAUCUCCUUGAUUUCUGUGACUAUUUUAUAUUGCCAAUACUCUGUAGCUUUGCAGAAUUAUUAUGCGAGGGUAAGGCUGUCUAGAAAUUCCCUUCCCCAGACCCCACCUUGUGUGGGAGCUUUCAGCACUGGAUGCACCACAGGUAAUAUCUGCAUUUUCUGAAGAGGACAUUGUUGAUGUUAUGUUGGGGCUUCGACUGAAGGAGCAUGACAUGCUUUGGAGUAGUGACGAUGAGGAUGAGGACAGUUAUUUGUGAGAUUCACAUGGAUUGGCAGGUAUCUCUUGUUUCUUCACUUCAGUUGUUGGCACUUCGAUUUUUCCUGUUUGGUCUCGGACGAUCAUUCAUCCACCUUAAUUAAAAUAAAGAGACCAGCAUUACCAACCUUCUUCAGCUGUCCUUUUUUUUGUCAGUUCCAUCUUGCCACCUCCAUAAGCAAAACUGUCUGUUCAUCACAUUUCAUGGAAACCCUCCUCUAUGAUCAUCAGCCAUUUCCAAUUUCAGUCGGAAAAGGCAGUCUGGUGUUUGGGGUACUAUAGGUGAUCAAGUGGUGCUAUCAUAUUACAGGGGGCUUUACACAAAGUUCCGUUACAAUUAAUGCGUGUCUUCGAGAUUUCCUCAUACUGAGCUUAGGAGCACGUGCAUUGUUCAGGGGCUGUACAAAUUCUUCGAUGUCUUAUGUUCAAGAAGUUUCAAAUACCAUUGAGAAACAGAUCGUUGGUUCCGGAAAGACCACCGAAUUCAAAUCAUCAGAACAGCCAUCGCCUGACAUUCAUGAUGCAAUUUGUGGAUAGCAAUCACCCCGCUAAUGCAGCCGCUGGAACCGAAAGAGAGAACUUCAUAGUUGGAGAAAAUCUUAACCAGGACAGAACAGAAAGUGCACCCUCGAGGCAGUCUGAAAGGAACAGAAAACAGUGUACACGUGGACGGCGGGCUGGUGCUGGGUUGCAAAGAUGCUAAUUGAAGAGCGUCUGAAAGGCUGGCAAUGGCAUGUCCUGCAAAGGGUGGGUUUGCAAUGCGGCAUGGUGUGCUGAGAACAUUGCUAAAAUUGUGGAUGCACUGUCAUGGAUGUGUACCUUGAAGAUUAGCCUGAAACUGUUAAUGCAGCGAGUCAAAGACACGAUCACUGCCCGCCUGCUGUUUACAGACAUGUUAUAAUGUUGUCCAGAUGAACUUGUGUUCUCUCCGUUCUUUCUGCAUUAUGCAUGUGCUGGCCUGGUGACCAAUGGCUGUGCUCAUAAGGACCAAGCAGGUUUAGGCAGCCUGAAGCAGCAGUGGAAAAAAAAAGGAAAAUCAAUGAUCUUCCAGGGGUUGAUUGACACUUUGACAGUAGUUCCAGCCUUCCAGGGGUUCUUACCCAUUAGGGCCACAGUGCAAGCAAAGCCUGGAACUGGAAGGCGUCACGCCAGCGAUACCGGCCAAUCGCCAGUGGGGCGAUGGUUGCUAGUACCAGCACAAGAAAAUACGGCGUCCUGGGUAAUGGGAAUGAAUGAUUAGUCCAUGUUUGCAGCUGUAGGAGAACACGCACCAUGAACAGUACGAGAAUCCAGCGCCUGACGGUGCACCUGACCUUUUUUAUUUUUUGAAUAAGACGGCGCACCUGGUUUCCUUGC